AUGCAGGGGGCCGAGCUCCGGGACGGCGAGGCGGCGGCGGCGGCCGCUUCGUACCGGGUCCUGAGCCGCCUCCUCGGCUAUGGAGAGGCGGCCCCGGAGCCAGGCCCGCCGCCGCCGCCCCCGGGCCAUGGCCCGUCGCCGCCACCCUUCCUCGCGCGGCCCGGCUCGCGGGGCGCCCGGCCGCCGCAGCUGAUGGUGUUCCGCAACGUGGGGCGGCCGCCGGAGGAGGAGGACGCGGAGGCGGCCCCGGAGCCGGGACCCUCGGAACUGCUGUGUUCCCGGCACCGCUGUGCGCUGGAUCCCAAGGCCCUCCCGCCGGGCUUGGCGCUCGAGCGGACCUGGGGUCCGGUGGCUGGACUAGAGGCGCAGCUGGCGGCACUGGGGCUCGGACAGCCGGCGGGGCCAGGGAUCAAGACUGCCGGCGGAGGCUGCUGUCCGUGCCCGUGUCCCCCGCAGCCGCCGCCGCCGCAACCCCCGCCGCCUGCUGCCGCCCCGCAGGCCGGGGAGGACCCCACGGAGACGAGCGACGCGCUGCUGGUCCUGGAAGGCUUGGAAUCGGAGGCCGAGAGCCUGGAGACUAACAGCUGCUCGGAAGAGGAGCUCAGUAGCCCGGGCCGUGGAGGAGGAGGAGUGGGUGGCCGGCUGCUACUGCAGCCUCCGGGCCCCGAACUACCCCCGGUCCCCUUUCCGCUGCAGGACUUGGUCCCUCCAGGGCGCCUGAGCCGAGGGGAGCAGCAGCAGCAACCUCCCCCACCGCCGCCGCCGCCUCCCGGGCCCCUCCGGCCCCUCGCAGGCCCUUCUCGGAAGGGCUCCUUCAAAAUCCGCCUCAGUCGCCUGUUUCGCACGAAGAGCUGCAACGGCGGCUCGGGCGGUGGGGAUGGGUCCUGCAAGAGGCCUUCGGGAGAUCUGGCAGCUUCAGCUGCGAGCCUGACAGACAUGGGAGGCUCUGCGGUCCGGGAGCUGGAUGCGGGGAGGAAACCCAGGUUGACAAGAACUCAAAGUGCCUUUUCUCCGGUCUCCUUCAGCCCCUUGUUCACAGGUGAGACAGUGUCGCUUGUGGACGUGGACAUUUCUCAGCGGGGCCUGACCUCUCCACACCCUCCAACUCCCCCUCCUCCUCCAAGAAGAAGCCUCAGCCUCCUAGAUGAUAUCAGUGGGACGCUGCCUACAUCUGUCCUUGUGGCUCCGAUGGGGUCUUCCUUGCAGUCUUUCCCCCUACCUCCGCCUCCUCCACCCCACGCCCCAGAUGCAUUUCCCCGAAUUGCUCCCAUCAGAGCAUCAGAAUCCCUGCACAGCCAGCCCCCCCAGCACCUCCAGUGUCCCCUCUACCGGCCAGACUCAAGCAGCUUUGCAGCCAGCCUUCGAGAGCUGGAAAAGUGUGGCUGGUAUUGGGGACCUAUGAAUUGGGAAGAUGCAGAGAUGAAACUGAAAGGGAAGCCAGAUGGUUCUUUCCUGGUACGAGACAGCUCUGAUCCUCGUUACAUCCUGAGCCUCAGCUUUCGAUCACAGGGUAUCACCCACCACACUAGAAUGGAACACUAUAGAGGAACUUUCAGCUUAUGGUGCCAUCCCAAGUUUGAAGAUCGAUGCCAGUCGGUGGUGGAGUUCAUUAAGAGAGCCAUCAUGCACUCCAAGAAUGGGAAAUUUCUCUAUUUCCUGAGGUCCAGGGUUCCAGGACUGCCACCAACUCCAGUACAGCUGCUCUAUCCAGUGUCCAGAUUCAGCAAUGUCAAGUCCCUCCAGCAUCUUUGCAGAUUCCGGAUCCGGCAGCUUGUCCGAAUAGAUCAUAUCCCGGAUCUGCCACUGCCUAAGCCUCUGAUCUCUUAUAUCCGGAAGUUCUACUACUAUGACCCUCAGGAAGAGGUGUACCUGUCCCUAAAGGAGGCGCGGCUCACUUCCAAACAGAAGCAGGAGGCAGAGCCAUCCACGUAGCAGCCAGCCAGGGCUGCCAGUUCAACGUGAAGGCAUUUGAUCUCCAGGCUCCAGUUUGAAGAAGCAAAUGAAGCUACCACAAAAGAAGACUCUGGCAGAAAGAGAAGAGCGGGUUGUGAUUCCCAAGACAGACUUUGGUUCCCCUGUAGCCCCGGGGCUUGGAAGAAGCACACAACCAUCCUCCAAGUGGGGCUCCCCAUUCCCCAACCCCAUGAACCCCAGGACUGGAUGAGCUCCUUGGAAAACUGGAAGAAGUCUUAACACUGUUUCUUUUCAGAAGUUACAUUUUAGUAUUUGCAUUUCUCAGUGGAAGGCAGCUGGGGUCUAUACCCUCUGAAGGUGGCGUUGGGGAUGGGCAGGCCAGGGAAGGGUGUGGUGAGGAGGGCUGCUCGGUCAGCUGGCGCCAAAGGCAGCACUGAAGCUCUUUUCCAUGAACCUGGAGGAGGGGCGGGGGAAGCCAGAGAAGUACAGAAGAAUGAGACUGGAAGUUUCUGGGAAAGGUGUCUGCCUUCAUCUCCAGCUUCACCAGGAGAGAGAGAGGGGUGAGUGAAAGGAACUGCUGGUUCUGUUUGCUGAGGAAGAGCUCGCCUCCCUCCUUCCUUUUCAAGGUUUACAAAACUGAUUUCAGAACUGCCUCUCAUGGAAUUGGUGUGCAUUUUAUUGACUAAAUUCCUUAAGCUCAGUGACCUGAGGCAAACCCAGUUCUCCUUCACCUCAGCCCCUUCCCCUCAGGAACUGUGGAUUCCACUUUGGUCAAACCAACACUCCUAUUGCUUCUGCCAGCUGUGCAGGCAGUGGUGUUUCUCAUACGUGGGAGUUCAGACCUCCAGUCCUGAGCUGCCAGGGCUUCACCCCAACUAUCAGCAACCCCACGCCUGGAGCAUGCUUCCAGAUCUUUGUGGCAAAGCAUACCCACAGCUAAGGAGUCAGUGUUACCCUGCUUGUCAGCUAGUGAGAGGAAGUGUGGAGGAAGUGAGAAGUAGCUACUGUGCUCCUAGAGGAGCCUGCGUGUCUCAGCCUUAACGGGAUUUCUGUAGUGCAGAAAAGGCAUGGCGUCUCAUGAUCAUAGGCUUAUCAGUGUUGUCAUCCCACCCCUGAGGUGGAGGUGGCAAGGGCUUCUUCAUUUUCCCAUGUUCAUUCUCCCAACCCACACAUUUCCUGAGUCAGACCCGGUUGCCUUUCAUCACUGGGAACCUGUCAGAUGCUAGUUUGAAAGUUGCCUUUCAGAUGGAUGUGGAGGGAGGGAAGAACUUUGGUGCUUGAGUAGUCUGUGUCUGAAGCUGGCCACAUCCAGCCGUGGGCCACAUAAGUUUGCUUGAGUAGUCUGUGUCUGAGGCUGGCCACAUCUAGCCGUGGGCCACAUAAGUUUGCUUGAGUAGUCUGUGUCUGAGGCUGGCCACAUCCAGCCGUGGGCCACAUAAGUCUGCUGUCCUACAGAGCUGCUCAAGAUGGACAGUAGAGCUGUUGGGUCUUCAUUACACUUGACCAUGUAGUAUUCCAAUGAUGGCCUUUUGAGUUCCCUUUGCUUGUGUCUGCCUCAGAUGACCAAGUAAACAUCGUCCGUCUUGGGGUUCCUGAUGGUGUGGGUGAAGCCCUGUGUCUAGGUAACUUAGAAAAUUGUCUUAUCUGGAAAGUGGCCUGUGGGCUCCCGCUGUGCAUGGAGUCCCCUUCCUCCUCCUUGAACUAAACACAGAGAUGUGCUUUCUCAGCUGCUGUAAAGAAAUGAGCCCCAGAAUGAACUGUGCACAUGUCAGUCCAGCUCACUGCUGACUGCCUCGUGAUCAUCAUAAGAUCAUGAUUCAGAGAUUGGCAUACCUGUAAGUUCUGCCUCUAAAGGGUACAGGCCACUUGCCAUCUUGUAGAAGGGGCCAUUCUGUAAUGGAGCCCAAACUCAAGUGGUUAAUAUUUGCAGUUCAGAGAGACUUGUUUUCCCCCAUUUCAGCCACCCAUGAUACAAAACAUUGUUUUCAGCCUGUGUUUGCAUUGUUUGCAUGGCUCUGAGCUAGGUCGUGUGGAAGGACAUGAGGUAGAAGACGACCCCUGCCCUGAGGGAACUGUAAAGUGACUGUUGCCCAGGAAGGAAUUGGAGCACUACUCAUUGCAGCAGAAAAUCAAGGCCCAUCUUUAAAGACCGAGUGGGCAUGAUCGGGGUAGACCAGAUGGGCUGGGGAGGCUCUGGUGUAAGGCGUUGGGUUGUAGGCGAGGACACUGUAACAGACUCAGUACAGAGUAGAAAUGUGUGGCAAGUGUGCAGCUGCUGCCUUAGAUCAACAGCAGAGUCCUGCUUGACCACAACGUCUAGAUGGAAACUUCCCAGUCGCUGGACAGCUCUAAAGGCUAGGGUCAGUGAGUGUGGUGGAAGACAAAGCCAACAGUCGGCAGGCACUUCUGUGGUCCUGGGGUUACCCGUGGAGAAUUUCUAUACGCAGGUGUAAACCAGACCUGCUCCAGAGCAUGGCAGCCUCACCCUUUCUGUCCUGGGAAAGCGUGGGGUGCAGCUUUGAUGUUCCAGUCACAACUGGUCUGACCCUCAGCAGGAUGGGCUGCAAAACAGCAGUGUGGGAGACAGAUCUAGGAGGCCAGGCCUGGCACCCAGGAGGCCUCGUUAGAAGGGAAUGAACAACUGGGGAGAGCAGUUGAGCCUGUUGACUGUACUGUAGGCUGGAGAAGGGAGCAGGAGCCAGGCCAGAGGGCACUGGCCUUCAUCUUUUGCUGAUGGUGGGACAGUGCUAAUGGAAAUGCAGUCCUCAGAGGGAACUCAACUUGUCUUUGUUGGUUACGUGCCAGUCACAAACUGGGAAAGGUAGUUCCUUCUAGAGACCUGCUGUGGUUUUCUGAGUCUUGGUUAGGGGUGUCACUACUCUCAGAUGCAGCCUGUAUAACCACCUGUUUAUAACUGAUCGAUCUACUGUAACCUUCCUCAAGAUGGGUAUGUUGGUGUAAGCUAGUGACAGCUACUGCUGCAACCUGUAGUAACUUGAAAUGUGUGUCUGCGCUGGCAGUUUAGGCAUGGGGGAGCAGGAGCUUGGCUGUGGGUCCAACUGUCCUGAUUUGAUCGUGGCUUAGUACCAAGAUGAAGAAAAUGUAAGUAGCAGAGCCAGCCGCUUGAAAAACAAGGGCUUGCAAGUAUCUCAUAGCUCCUGUUUCUCCUGUCCCACUGUCACUUGGACUAAGCCUCUGAGGCCAAGCAGGAAGUGGUGGGAUGGCUACACAUACCCUCUAAUGCACAUCCCCUGAGGACUAGGAAAUAGAGUACAGCCCUAGAAGUGUCCCAGGGAGCCACCCAUUCAGCCUUGCCUCAUGCUCCUAGGAGGGCAUGGCCUGCUUGAAGCCCCCUAACUCAAUGGGAAGUAGGGACAACUUCCACAGGUAAGAGCUUCCUUCCUUUCCUUGUUGCUUUUCUCUCACCUUUGAGCCCAGGAGUGAGAGGCCAAGUCAGUGAGACAGAAAGAGCCACCACAGGUCUGGAAUCCUUUGUGAGCGAGCGUGCACCCUCAUUGGUCCAAGUCUUGUCUGCGGUUGGGGUGUUGGGAACAUCUCCACUAGCGGGGACUAGGAUUUGUUUUCCACUUUAAGAGAAUGGCAUGCCCACUGUGUGAGGGAGGAGCUUUGAGUUAGACAUUUUCCCUAUGGGAAUCCUCUUGGUUUGGUUUGUGGGGAGAGGGGAGUGGAUUUGUGGUUUUUCUUUGUAGUCAUCAACACAGCUGUCCUUACACUGAAUCUGUGCUAUUGCAUACAUGUAGCCAUCUUUCUUUUCACUGCAGCAGUGUUUAUCAGUAGUUCAAAAUGAUUUAUUUGCUCCUGGGGAGUAAAACCUUUUUUAUUAAAAAAAAAAAAAAAAAAAAAAAAGGUGUGCCCAUUAUGAUAGCGGUAGAAUUAUCGGGCCACAGGAGUCACGUCUGCAAGUCCCCCAUGGUCCAUCUGUUUUGGCAUUGGGGCCCUCAUGCUCAGUACAUGUGAUAGGGGGGCCUUCCUUGAAAAAGUAGAGAACAACAUUUUGGGAGUGAGAUUGGGUUGAAUCACUGAGAGGGCUCUGGGGACGUGGUACUGCAGUUGAAAAUAGAAUAUUGAUUCUGUAAUCUGCCAGAGAAAGGGACCUUUCUUUACAUGCAGAUUUCAUGUGUCCUUGAUCUUUCAUUGCUUCCUGGUGUCCUGGGUAGGGGUCACCUAGUUUCUUCUGGUGUCCCUCUUGUCUUUCCUGUCCUUUGUCCUGACCCUUCCCACUUCAUCUACCUCCCAGAAAGCCAAUCCUGCAUGCUGAGUUUGUGACAUGCUUUCACCCCAUUUCAUCUUCAGAGGGUUUUAGAGGGUCCCUGGAGUUGCUCCCCGCCCCACUGACCCGUCAUAGUGCCAAGAGGCAUCAAGGAGCAGACAAGCAGCUGGGCAGACGGCAACUUUGGAUUGCAGCUGGGCUGCGCCGGCAGCUGCUCCUGGAGACAGAUAGGGAAAACAAGACACUCUUCUUCAGCCCGCUUGCUGUGCUCAGUGGACAGUGGGCUGAUCUGACCACUCCUCCAUCCCUGGUGCUCCCAAGAGGGACAGGCAGGAUCCAGGCACCGCUCUGGGCAGGCCAGACAUCAGGAUGCCUGCACUGGUGCUGCUUGGCACAGGUACUGCUGUGCAUUCUGGCAGGUUUUCAGAAACUCCGUGCUGAGGGGUGUCAUUCUGGACUCAGUGGUUGGGGGUUCUUCCCCACUGGGGAGCCAUACCCCACUCCCACUCUGUCCUGCUUAGCCACCCCUGCCCUCCAAGCCAAAGCGUAGCCUGGCUUCUGUCUUCCCAUUUAGUUCUCCUCCUUUAAUUCUCCCUUUUUUGUGCUUAAUUUAUUAAAAUAGUUACUGUAUAAUUUAUUUUCAUAAAGUAUAAAAAUAACUAAAUGGUUAAAAUAGACUUGCAGGCCAAUCUUAAAUGGGGGUGGGUCUGGGAUGGGAUGGGGAGAGGGAAAGAUGUUUUGAUAUAAACAAAAUAAAUGCACUUUGGGUGUGUUUUGGUAUUUUUCUGGGCAUAGAGGGGUGGGUGUUGGGGUGUCCCUGUAGAUUAGUUUCAGAGUGGGGUGUCUGUAAAUACUGUACUAAUAGGCAUGUGUGACUCUUGUAAAGGGACAUUAGUAGCUGCUGCAGGUCCUGUUUGGAAACUGUGUAUAGUUCCCGGUUUUUGUAAGUGUCAGUGCGGGAGACAUUUGACUCUUGUGUUUGUAUCCCCUUUUUAUGAUUGCUGUACCCACCCAUGUCUUUUUGGGGAGGGAUGAAAAGAGAUUUGAAAUAAAAAUGUUUAGAAAUGA